GGUUGCCGUUGCAAAUUCUCGGAACACGCUUCCCAAGUUAGCAGGAAUAAAAUACGAAAAUAUAAGGAUUAUAUAAAACAAGUAUCAGUCCAUUUUCCCUAGAUUUCAAUAGUUGUUGGAGAAAAUAGAAUUAUUAUAUAAAAAACGAAUAAUACGAAAAAUAAAUUUCUAAUUUAGAAAGUAAAUAUCUGCCGACGAAGUAAAUACGAAACCAUGAUUCUAAAUGUUACUAACUUCCGGUUAAUCCAUUUCUUUUUCCCCUCGUUCUUCAUCUUUUGCCGUUUCCGUUGUCGAAAGACCAAAGUUGUUAAUUGAGAUUCAUUACCGUCUUUAAUUACUUUCUGUGUUGGUUUACUUACUUAUCUACACACACACACACACAACGUUUUAUAUAUAUUUAGGUUAUAUUUGCUGGGCAAUGACGGAAACAGCUGGUAUGCUUUCUAUUGGGACGUACGGCGAGAAUUCAGACGAAGAAAACGACGAAGCUGUCAGCGAUGAUGGAGACACACCGAACCACCACCACCACAACAACACCAACAACAAUAACACCAUCACACCGCCCAGUAAAGACUUGACAGAAGCCGUGGCCGUUGACAACAUUUCAGAUGAUGAGAUUAGACACGACAGCGAAAAUAAUAAUAAUAAUAAUCCCAUCAAUUCUGUGAAACCUCCUUUGCUGGAUUUCAAAGACAACAGAUCCGACGAUGGAUCGAAAGAUUAUAAAGUAAAGAAAGCCAAAAGAACAAGGCCUGAAAGUUUGGAGGAGGGGUCUAGUUCAACUCAUCGACCCCAGUAUUCAACUGCUCGUUUAGUGUCCUAUGGCAAUGAUUUUGAAGACAAAAGUGAAUCGGAGAAGGAAGAUAGUGAUGUUGACCCUGAUCCUGAGAAGUUUCUUGUCGUGAGUCAAGAUAAAGAUUCUGUAUUGAAACCAGAACAAGCCUCUUCUUUAUCUCGAAGUGUACAAAACAUGGCUGCUGAUGAGAUACAACUCCCACCAGAACCACCUGGUCGAUGUUCUCGAGCUUUACAGGAGAAAAUAGCCCACCACUAUAAUAAAAUGAAGCAAGAAGGUUGUAAUUUAAGUCUAAGCAUUCAGAAACGGAAGGGUUUUCGAAAUCCAAGUAUUUAUGAAAAAUUAAUUGAAUUCUGUCAAAUUAAUGAGAAAGGCACAAAUUACCCACCUGAAAUAUUUGAUCCUUUAGUCUGGGGUUCCGACUCUUUGUAUGAUUCCUUAGAUAAAAUGCAGAAACUGGACAUGGAGAAACGAGAGAAAGAACGCAAAGAAAGAACCAAAAUUGAGUUUGUAACAGGGACGAAGAAAUUGUCGACAGAAGGACCAGUUGAGAAGAAACGCAAGACGAAGUGGGACGCCCAGCCGCAGGGUGUCACCACGGCACCAGCUGCUCUUGUGCGGCAACCAGUAGUCACAUCAGCAAUGUUAAAUGCAGCCAGGGGCGCACUCACGACAGCAGUGACCGGCACAAAGAGUACGGUAAUUCCAGCCCUUGGUAAUAUCCUCAAGAGCAAAUGAAGACCAUUGCAUUCCAAGACUGCAAAACUUGGAAUAUUCCCAAACUAAAUAGACUUCCUUCAGCAUCAAUCUCUUUCCCUUCUACUCAUUCCUCUUUCUUUCUUUCAUAUUUGGAUGGAUAUACCGUAUUUUAACAUGUUUAAGGAACCCCCUAAUUUAGGGGGGCUUAAGAUUUGGAAAAAAAGUUUUGUAAGGGAUUAUAAUACUGUCCAUGUAUAAGAAGCUCCCAUAUUUUUUAACCUAAUUUUUGACAGAAAAGGGUUUCUAAUACAUGUUAAAAUAGGGUAAUUUUUUUUUUCCCCUGCAAGGAGGGAACUGCGAGUUGGCCUGGUCUUUGCUAAAGGUACUUGAGAACCAGGUAGAAGCAAUGUGGGAGGCCGACUCCUUUCCCUGCUAAUCAUUGACGCCAGUGUAUAGCUGGUACUUUUGUUGAUUUAAAAAAAAAUUUUUUUUAACUGGAGAUUUAAAACUAAUUACUAACGAACCAACCACAGCAGGAUUUGAACUCAGAAAAUUGUGGAAGUCAGUUUGGUAACAACAUAACAACAUCCUGGCUAACACCAAACGAUGUAGGGAUAUCUAUGUGGUUGCAUCACCUGCUAGAAAUAGCAACCAGAUAUCCCUCAAAUUGCUCACUUACUAUCUCAAUACAGUAAGGACACAUUGAUGCAGUUCUGAAUAUAUUAUGACAAAAUAAAAGACAUGAUGGUCAUGGCUGGAAUACCUUUGAUCCUUCUUCUGCUACAUUAGGGCUGACCUUUGGAUAAACAGCAAUUACAUCAAUUAAUAUUAAUUACUAUAAUAUAUUGCAAAUUAUGUAGUCCUAGAUAUAGUGACUGAAUAGACAGGUUGGUCAUGGCCGGAAUAUGUUUAGUGUUUUUUUUUUUUAAUAUCAUUUGUUUCAGUCAUUAGGCUUUGGCCAUACUGGAGCACUGCCUUGAUGAACUUUAGUUGAAUGGAUUGACCCCAGUCCUUUAUUUUGUUUUUUGUUUUUAAAGGUUGUACUUAUUCUAUUGGUCCCUUUUGCUGAAUUGCUAAGUUACCAUGAUGUAGACACACCAACACCAGUUGUCAAGUGGUUGUGGAAGAUAAACACACAUACAUACAUACAUACAUAUAUAUAUAUAUAUAUAUAUA